UGCCCGUAUGUUUGGGCCACGCGGACCACCGAGCCACGGCUGGGUGCAGUGACAGACACAGAACGGACCCAGGUCGCGGGUACCGGCUCGGAAAACAGUCUGAACCUUUUAUACUGAUUGCAGUGAUCUUGGAGACCUCGUAGACAAGACAAGAAAGUGUUGGGCAGUGAUUUCUAAAAACAUUUAUCAGGCCUUGGUCGGUGUAAAGUUAGAUCUAACUGGUCCAAAACUGCCUUACGGAACCAAACAAGAACCUAAUUGUCUCUCGGAUCGGACCUUGAGCUUUCAUAGAGUGCUCGAGGCUCGGAAAGGUGUUAUUAGCGGCCAUGAAAGAAAUCAGCAGGCUGGGACGCUAUGGAGCUCUGAUCUGCUUGCUGGUGGCAUGCUCAGCUAUUGCAGGAAAGCGGCAUUAUAACGUCUACAGAGAGGAAUACUAUUUUUUGAAAGCCCAAGUCCCGUACACGCCUCUACAAGUUAGGCUAUGGGGAAGCGUCUUCUCUGUUAUUGACAUCGAGGAUGAUUUCUACUUCAGCAACCCCAAGGUUCAUCACAAGUCCUACUACAUCGAGCCACAGGUUCCUCGAGGGUCUCUUCCGGUUAAAAUUCGAAACGGUGAUGAGGUGCUGCCCCUGUGGCUGCCUUCCACCGAGUACCGGUGGCUGGCGGGUCAGGCCAUCACCCCGGUCCUCCGGUACACCGGCCACGACCAGUACCUGGCCACCGUGCUGGGGGACGGCCACGUCCUGCGGGGUCGGGAAGAGGCCACCCAGUACCUCCGUCAGCUGAGGGACAGCCUGCUGCCGCCGUCCUACCUGGCGCCUCACCUGGAUGUAGUGUUCAUCGUGUGGGCCAGCGACGGCAGGGGGUCGACUACCACACCGACUCCCGUGGGAAAGGCGUCUGAAGGACCACUGAAGGGACUUCCGCCGACUCAGGAGCCGACGAUAAGACCCGUGGAGAUUCCGACCCUUCCGCCCUAUCCGAGUCCGAUUCCUGGUGGGGUUCCUUCCGCGUCUCCUUCCUUUAGGACCAGGACUGAUUCUCCACCUGCAAGUCUUCCCAGAAUUUCACCAACCCCUCCGCCAACUUCACCUCCUGUGGCACCACCUACAUUCCCUACACAAGCUCCUACACUUCCCACAAAACCCCCUACAGAACCUCCUACAUUUCCUACAGAACCCCCUACAUUUCCUACAGAUCCACCUACACAAACCAUGACGUCACCGUUACGGAUCCUGGGUGACGUCACUAGCCGUUGA